UCAAACACAAACUUGACCAAAUGGACGUGAGCUUUCCGCGCGGUAAGAAGCCGAAUACCGCCGAGGAGGAUGCAUCCAAGAAGCGGAAAAAGACGUCCGACUCGGAGGUCCUCUUUGGCAAAAAGGACAAGUCCAUCGUCGGCGACACUCCGACCACUGCCAACGGGACGUCGCACAAGCGGCCCAAGCACCACAAAUCGAAAGACGUCAAGUCGGACAAGGCCGCAACCCCGGAUGCCAAGCCCGCACUGGCGCAUACCAUUACAUUCAAAACGUUGCGCCCGCAGAUGCUUGUGAUGGGCAUUGUCCGCCAGAUCAACGACCACGACAUCGUCGUGAGUCUCCCGAACAAGCUCAACGGUGUCGUCGUGCGCAAAGAAACGGCGGACGAACUCCACAACGACAACGCGUCGUCCGUGAAGCUCACGGACCUCUUCCACAUUGGACAGUACGUCGCGUGUGUUGUCCUCAAAUCGUCCAAGGAGGACCGCGGCAAGCGCAUCGAACUCUCGCUUCGCACGUCCCUCGUCAACGCAAACCUAACUAUCAAACACAUGGUGAAAGGCGCAUCGGUCUAUGCCAGCGUCGUCAGUGUCGAAGACCACGGCGUGGUCGUGAACGUCGGCGUCCGAGGAUUCACAGGGUUCAUUCCGUCCAAGGACCUGCAUCUGCCAGAAGGCCACACUGACGCGCACCCCGGGCAGCUCUUCUUCUGCGUCGUCGCCAGUGUAAACACCCACACGAAUACGGCGACACUGACCACGGAGCGCUCCGUGGCUGUCAAGGCCGUCACGCGCGGUGAUUCGUACACGAUGUCAACGCUGUCGCUUGGGAUGCUUCUGAACGUCAAGGUCGAGGACGUUCUGGCAAACGGGCUUCAAGUCAACUUUCUCACUUUCUUUUCCGGCACCGUUGAAUUCAACCACAUGAGUAACCCGUGCCAGAAGGAGUGGGCAGCCGCGUACAGCAAAGGGCUCAAGGGUCGCGCGCGUAUCGUCGCCAUCGAUGCCGCCACCAAGGCCGUCAUGCUGUCCAUGGCGCCGCACAUUGUGUACCUGCAAGCGCCGGAAUUCAAGCACGCGAUUGGAGAUGUCGUGCAAGAUGCCGUGGUCCAUCGCAUCGAUGCUGGCAUUGGUCUCCUCCUCAGUUUGGCGGGUCCGUCCAGCGUCGGCGGCGAACGCCUCCCUUGGAAGGACUUUCGGCCGGCGUACGCGCACAUUUCCCGUGUCUCGGACUCACGCAUCGACAAGCUCGAAAAAAACUUUAAGCUCGACCAAAUCGUUGCUGGUCGCGUCGUCGGGUACUCUGCGUUCGACGGGUUGGUCAACUUGACGUUGGCGCCGUCUGCCUUGUCCAAGGCGGUGCUCCGCCAGGCGGAUCUCGUGCCAGGGUCUCUCAUCAAGGGCAAAGUAGUGUCUGUCGAGUCGUGGGGCAUCCUCGUCGAUAUCUGCGAAGGCGUGCGGGGGGUCGUGAGCGCAUCGCACGCACCGUCCGUCGCGCUGAAGAAGACCAUGUCCAAGUACAAACCCGGCCACGCGAUCGAAGUCCGCGUGCUGCAAGUGGACAUUGCGUCGAAGAAGACGUAUUUGACGCUCAAGAAGGGCCUCGUCUCGUCCGACCUGCCUCCGCUGACUUCUUACGAUCAAGCCACCCCUGGCACAGUCGCCCACGGAUUUGUCACUAAAAUUGCCGACUUUGGACUUAUCGUUGGGUUCUACAACGGCGUGUUUGGGCUCGUGCCGGCUGCGACGUUGCACAACGCGGGGGUUGAGGACAUUGGCGCCGCAUACACCCCUGGUCAGGUGGUCAAGGUCGCCGUGGCCCGUUGCGACUCGACCAAGAAGCGCAUGACUCUGACGUUUGACACGACCGGCAGCAUGUCCAAGACGGCGGCAAAGGGAUCGCUUCCUUCGUUGUCGCCUGCCGUUGCCGCCGGGACGGUCGUGUCAGUGUCGGUUGUCGAGGUCGAGGAUUCGAUUGUCCGAGUGCAAACCACUGACGGCAUCGAAGGGAUCGUCCCCGUCGUGCACUUGACGGACUUUCCCCGCGCGUUUUCGCCGUCGGUGGCCGUCGGAGAUGCGUUCGAUGCGCUCGUGCUGUUUCAAUCCCAAGACGGACUUCUCCACUUGACCAAGAAGCCGACCCUUGUCGCGCAAAAGGCCAAGAUGCCGUCGACCUUCAAGGACGUCGCGGAAGGCCAGGUCGUGACUGGUUUUGUUCGCGACAUUCGGCCGUUCGGUGUAUUUGUGAGCUUUCUCAACAACUUGCAAGCGUUGGCGCCGAUUGCGUUCUUGACCGACCGCUUUGUGAGCUCCCCGGACGGGUUGUUUGAAAUUGGUGACACGGUGCAGUGCGUUGUGCACAAGGUGGACGCGGAGAAGAACCAAUUCAUGCUCGACUUUCGCGUGCCGUCGCCGUCCGUCGAUGGGCUGGCCGCGCUACUGGCCGAGCACGCCGCGAGCCAUGCCCCCGCCAUCGCGCAUACGGUCGGCCACACAGAAAAGGCCGUGUUCAUCUCGGCCAAGGCGUACGGCUACGUGUGUUCGUUGUCGGAUGACGACACGACCGUUGUUGUUCCCAACACGACCCACUUGGACUGGACAGACAACGACAGGGUCAAGCUCCGGUUGAUCGACUACGACUUUGAAAAGCAAGUGUAUUACGGCCACGCGGACCCCGCGGAAUUUGUCAAGGCUGGCGACAAGAAGGGUCGCAAAGCCGCCUCCCGCUUGACCAAGGACACGCCAGUCGACGCCACGAUCGUUCUCGUCCGUGACGAGUACGCCGUCGUGACCGUUGCCGACUCGCACGCCGUGGCGCUGCUCCAAGUUACGUCGUUCCAUCAACCGUCGGCGACGUGCGACGAAUGGGCCCUUGAAGUCGGUCAAGUGCACAAGGUGAUCGUAAAAGGACACGUGAAGGCCGGGUCCAGCGCCCCGUUCGACGACGUCCCGCUCGUCGUGCUCGCGUCGUCUUUUUCGAAAAAGCAACAGCUAAAGAAGAGUGAUGCUAGCCAUGAACACUUGCCCAAGUACCACGGGACGGACUUUGUCAUUGGCGCGUCCGUGACGGGUCGCAUCAUCGGGAUCAAGGAAGAUGCGAUGGAGCUCAAGAUCAAGUGCACGACGAGCGCCGGCAAGGUGAACGCGUUCGUGUCGAUUGUCGAUGUGGACGGGACAACCAAGGGAACGCAUCCGUUUGACGCGUACUCGGUCAACUCGAUCGUGACCGGCCGCAUUGUCGCCCUCGUCGAGAAAGGCGCAAACCAGCGCAAACCAGUUGGGCCAGACAACGUGGCCAACUUCCGCUCGAUCAACGUGUCGCUGCGAGCCGCGGACCAAACACGAAACCACUUGACUCCCCGUGCCGACUGGGCGGAUGCAGGGUAUGAAUUGCUCCAAUCGGGCAAGUUCUUACCCGGGGUGGUCGUUGAAACGACGAAGGACGGGGUCAUGGUGCGUCUCAGUGCCCGCGUCGUCGGUUUUGUGCAUGUGCUAGAGCUGUCCGAGGACCCGGCGGCACUUGCGUCGUUUGCGCAGUCGUUCCCCGUCGGCACUCCGCUCUCUGUUCGUGUGCUGUCGUGCGACCGCGAGGCCAAGACGUUGGACUUGACCACUCACAAGGAAACCCGCUCGGGAUUUGCCGUCGGAUCUGUCGUCUUGGGCCGUGUGAACCUCAAGGUGCGUGCGUUGGCCGCUCCGUCAGUCAUGGUCCAAGUCGGCGCGCAUACCUUUGGUCGCAUUUGUGUGACGGAAGUCCAUGACACGCCGUCCAACCUGCCACUGGCGGGAUUCGUCCACGGCACGUUUGUGCAAGCAGUCGUGCUGAGCAACGAACCAUCGUUGGAACUCACGGUCAAAUCGUCUGCGCUCGCCAACCCGACCGAAUACGUCGCCGCGGACUGUGCGCAAAAGGGCAAAUUGCCCCAAGUUGGUGACCUGGUCUCGGGUUACGUUGCCACCGUCGCAACGGGCGGCGUGUUUGUCCGCCUGCACCGAUCCGUCACGGCGCGUGUGAUGCUCCGCGACUUGAGCGAUGACUUUGUCAAGGAGCCAUCGACGGCGUUCCCCCCUGGGACUCUCGUCGCCGGCCGUGUGACCAAGGUCGAGAACGGUAAAGUCGAGUUGAGCUUAAAGGCGUCGAUCGUGACCGGCGGGCAGAUGACCGUCAAGUCCCUCCAGGUCGGCCAAACUGUCAAGGGCACGAUCCGCAGCAUCCAGGCGUACGGCGUAUUUGUACUGCUUGACAACAGCAGCGUGAGCGGCCUUUGCCACAUCAGUGAGGUUGCCGAUGCCAAGGUCAAGUCGCUCGACGGGGUGUUUUCAGUCGGCGAUUACGUCAAGGCCAAGGUGCUCAAGGUCGAAGGCGGGCGCGUUUCACUCGGGUUGAAGCCGUCGUACUUCGAAAACGAAGAGAGCAGCGAUGACGAAGAAGAUGACGAGGCAGAAGUUGCAUCCGAUGACGACGAAGACGUUGACAUGGGUGGUGACGACCAAGGUGCCAAGGACGAAGACGAGGAGUCGCAUGACGAACACGACGACGCCAUGGGCCAGGACGACGAUGAAAGCGAUGACGACGAUCCAGAGCCCGUGGAAGCGCCUCAUGCCGACUUUACGUGGGAUGGAUUCUCGAUUGAUCAGCCUUCGACCACCUGUGACGACGAGGAGAAGGACGUUGACGACGAUGAAGCGUCGCAGUCCAAGUUGAAGCGCAUGAAGAAGCGCAUGAAGGAACACGAAGACAUGUACGUCGCAUACCGAGAACGUGCGUUGGCGGCGGGUGACAGUGUCCCUGAAAGUGCCGACGAUUUUGAGCGCCUCUUGGCUGUGUCCCCGCAGAACUCGUUCCUGUGGAUCCAGUACAUGGCAUUCCAUGUGUCCCAGACGGACAUCGCGGCAGCCCGCGACGUCGCGACCCGCGCCACGUCCAAGAUUUCAUUUCGCGACGUGCAAGAAAAAUUCAACGUGUGGGUCGCCUUUCUCAACUUUGAGCACGACCAUGGCGACGAAGCGUCGUUCCAGCGCGUUUUCAACUCGGCAUGCCGCGCGAACGACCCGAAGAAGGUCUAUCUCCAACUCGUCGAGAUCUACUCGCGGCACAACCAAGUCGACGACGUCCUUAGCACCCUCAAGACCAUGCAAAAGAAAUUCAACACAAGCGCCAAGGUCUGGCUCCGAGGUCUCAAGUACCACAUGGCGGCGGACGACGCAGCCGCGGCCCGGCAGCUCCUUUCGCGCAGCAUGCAGUCGCUACCCAAGCACAAGCACGUCAAGGUCCUGACCAAAUUCGCCUUCAUGCAGUACGAGUAUGGCCAGCACGAACACGGCCGCACCGUCUUUGAGCAGCUCGUUGCAACGUACCCGAAGAAGAUGGACCUGUGGAAUGUCUACUUGGAUCGUGAGAUCAAGUAUGGGUCCCAGGACAGCACACGCCUCUUGUUUGAACGGGCGUUGAGUCUGUCGCUGUCGGCCAAGAAGAUGAAGGCGCUGUUCAAGAAGUACUUAACCUACGAGAUCGACCACGGCACGGACGCAUCCGUCGCGCACGUCCAAGCGCUGGCCGCCGCUUACGUGGAAGCGUCUGCUUAAGCAAGGACAGCUCAGUCGUCGCCGUAGCAGCACACACGAGGGCGUAUUUACAUUACCAUAGUCAACACAUGAUACAACGUUUCUUCGAGUUGGAUGUGUUCACCAAACGGGCUCAAACACACUAGAGCUCGACGACGCGAAGCGUGUUGGGGGAGGGCUUCUUGGAAGCAGCCACCGGUGUUGUGUGGGACUCAUCCUGACCAGCAUCACGGCGGGUACGAUGUUGACGUGGGCGGUGAGAAGAACGCUGUCUGCGUGAUGAACUAUCCGAGGUUGUAGAGGCUUGCCUGGGCUCGACAUCUCGUGUUCGUCGGGGUUUUAGUUCGUUGGAGCAAGCAGGAUGACGCGAAGUGACGUCAUCUGUGGCAACACUUGUCGUGGUGCCUACGUAAGGCUCAGAAAAUGAAGGCGUGUCAUCGAGAUGGAUUGCAUCCAAGGACACGGAUUCAUCUGGCAUUGAUCGCGAUUGUGAUCCGCUUGGCUCCGGUUGAGCGGAGACGGAUCGGACGACGCGAGGACGGUAUACAGGCUGCUCGUCUUGUGGCACAAAGCCUGAUCGGAUACGGAUUUGCUUACGUACAGACCCGUCGGAACGCUUGGACGGUGGGAUGACCACUUCCCCCGACUCGGUCUCCAUGGCUCCCAAUGGAAUGCGUCGAGUUUGCUCGCGCAUAUUCGAACGUCUGUCAUCAAGAGAAAGCGAGUCAAUUCGAGUUGACAAAUCGUCCGGUUCGCUUGGGGCAGUCCAGGCACGUGCCGGGGAAGGUUGUUGUGAUGGCGAUGUUGCUUCUGCCGCGCCGAGUCGCAAUGCCCUGGGACGAUACACAGGCUGCUCAUCCUGGGGCACAUAUCCCUGUCGCACUCGAAUCUCCUUUCGAACGCUUCCAUCUGCGCGGGUCGUCGGAGGAAUCACAACGCUUCCAUCCUUCGUUUCAACAGCGCCAAGCGGUAAUCGACGCGGGUGCAUGACGGUCAAAA